AUGAAUAAUAAGCCUUUCUUUGAAAUUGUGUUGGUGCUGUUGGCUUCUUCCUCUGUCUGCUCCAGAGAGCUGAAACUGCUUCUUUUCCAACAAAAGAGAGUGAACAGAGAGAGUUUAAAACUCUUGAAUAAAUUGCAGACCUCUUCAAUUCAGCAGUGUCUACCACACAGGAAAAACUUCCUGCUUCCCCAGAACUCUGUGAAUCCUCACCAGUACCAGAAAGGACAAGCACUGGCCAUUCUUCAUGAGAUGCUUCAGCAGAUCUUCAACCUCUUCAGGGCAAUUAUUUCUCUGAAUGGUUGGGAGGAAAGCCACAUGGAGAAGCUCCUCAUUGAACUUCAUCAACAGCUGAAAUAUCUAGAAGUGCUCAUGAGACUGCAAGCAGAGAAGAAAAGAGACACCUUGGGCAGUGAGAACCUUAGAUUACAGGUUAAAAUAUAUUUCCAAAGGAUAUGUGAUUAUCUGGAAAACCAGGACUAUAGCACCUGUGUCUGAACCAUUAUCCAAGUAGAAAUCAACUGGUGUCUGUUCUUUGUGUUCUGACUCACAGGAAAGCUGAGCAAACAAGGAAUGGAAACUUGAACCAUGUGGAGGAAGAGCCAACUGCAGGCUUUAAAAGCAUAGGGUGACACAAUAGAAGUAAAG